CAUUUGUCAUGGGAAACUGGGAAGUAGAAAGAUUCUAACUUUCACCAGCCUCAACACAGGUUUUGAGCAACUGAGAAUAUGGGGAUAUGGGACGCCAUUUCCGGGACAACCGAUUCCCUGAAACGGAACGCGCCGGAUCUAACGGCCGUAAAAGGCUGGUGCCCCACAACCGAUUCGCUCAAGCGCAUCGCACUUGAUGGAACUGCCGCCAAGAACGUGUGCUCCGCCGCUUACGGUUAUGGCUCCUCCGCCGUGACCAAAGUCGACGGCGCCGUCAGGGGUAACUUGAUCCCUUACGUCUGUAACGAGGUAGCCUGGUCCAAGAUCGCCCAACUCGGCACGAUCGUCGCUAAAAACGCAACCUAUGAGGCCUUCAAACUCGUCCCAGGUGGAAGUGCAUUUUAUAAUAUUGGUGCCAUGUCCAUUUAUGACUUUAACAAUUCCAAUAAACAAGAACUGGAUGGGAAGGCAUUGCAGGCUAAACUAUUGAGACUGGAGAAAGAGUUAAGUGAAUACAAGGAACUGAAUAAGCCAUGUGCAGAUCUGAAGUCUCCCAGUGUCGCCAACGUUCAUUCAAAUGCGAGGCAGAAACCAGAAGAUAUGGAGUCUGAGUCUGCAUAUGGAUCCAACAUUCAUUCAGUUGGAACUCGUAAGCCUGAAGAUGUGAUCAGAGUCUUUAUAAUGAAGGAAUUCAUUUUCAGGCAGUUUUGUGAUGAUAUAAUGGUUCCGGUUGCACCCAGGAAAAGGGACAAUAUCAAGUAGGAGAGUGGAUAAGAUGGAGCAAUGAUUUAAUUGAUUUUGUCUCGUUUGAAGCCUUGUGGUUGGGUUUGUCUUGCUCCUUGUAAA